AUGAUGAACACUCACCCCAAGAAGCUGUUAAUCCUCAGGUUCUUGUUAAACCCUAUUGCUUUUAAAACCCCAAACCCUAAUUCAUUCAUCUCAUCGACUACCUCCUCUUUUUUGUCCUCAAAAUCACCUUCUAAUAAUCAUCCAUUUUCCGUUGUUCGUUUUUUCUCUGUCACGUCAGAGGAUAAGCGACCGAUUUCUGAUAAAAAUGUUGGAUUUCAAGACAUGACCCUGACCCAUGCUCUCGUGACAAGAAAGAGACGCAUAGAUUUGCCUCAGCCACUCGAUGUGUCGCCCCAAAUGGUUUCUCAAGUGAUUGAUGUGGUGAGGAGUAGUAACGGUGAUUGCGGAUCUAAGUUAGAUUCCAUGGGCAUAACACUCUCUAAGAGAUCCGUAUGUGAGAUUUUUAGGGUUUUGAGUUGCGAUAGAGUACCUGGACUGAAAUUUUUCGAAUGGGUUCGGGAUAAUAAUCCGGAUAUUCACCGCAGUGCUGAUGUUUGUAGUCUGAUGAUUGAUAACUGUGGUUGGUUAGGCGAUUACGACACAAUGAAGGAUCUGCUGAUGCAGUUUAAACAGGAAGGAAUCUGCCUUACAGACAACGCGUUUGCAUUUCUACCUGUACUCGGUUCAAGUAAGUCUCAUGCCAUGGAAUCAAUUUCAUUAGUAAUUCAGAUUUUGAAUGAAGUUGGAGGCUCAAUUCGUAGCUCUGGUGUUUUCUCCAUGAUUCAUAUGCUCUGUGUUGUUGACUCUUUUGAAUUGGCCAAGUUUGUGAUGGAAGUUACAGAGAAGAAGCUGAAUUACUAUGCCAUUAUAGCACGUGAAAAAUGUAGAAGAGGACAUUCAGACGAAGCUUAUGCCUUACUUGGUGAGAUGCGAAUGGCAGGUUGCGAACCAGACUCCAAAAUUUACAACUACAUUCUUGGUAGUUUAUGCAAAAAUGAUAAGCUUUCUGAAGCUAUGAAUUUGCUUAAAGAAAUGAAAGAAGCGGGUGUUGAUCCAGAUCCGAUAACAUUUGAAGUAAUCAUUGCAAAUUCGUGUAGAUCUGGGAAGAUGGAAUUUGCAAAAGAGAUUUUAAGGAGGUUACUGCAUAUGGGUCAUACACCUCGGCUUACAACUCAUGCUGCUUUUGUGAAAGGCUAUUUUGAUGCUGGUAAAUAUGAGGAGGCGUAUGAAUAUGUAAGGGAUAUUGAAGUGAAGAAGAUGCCUGCUACGAAUAAGAUGUAUGGGUUUCUUGCAAGGAUCCAUCAGAGAAAAGGAAAUAUUGAUGUUGCUUGUAGGAUUCUUGAUGAAAUGAUGGAGAAAGGUCUGAAGCCUGACUAUAGAAAUUAUAAAAAGAUUGAAAAUGUGUUGAGGCACACUGGUGGUAGGCAUUUAGCUCAAGAGUUACAGAACAAGUUCUCAAAAUUUAGAGUUGAAUAA